CUUGGAUCUCAUAAAAUGUUUCGUUGCAUUACGGUCGUGUGUUUGCUGCAAAGCGUCUACUCUAUUGAUCCGACCAGCACGUUCGAAUAUGAAUACCACGUGCUUGCGAAACUGGUCGAGCUUGACCAGUUCAAAGCGGAAACAGCAAUGAAAGUUGCAGCCUUAGAAAACCAACUGCAAUCUUGUACUGCCAACUCACAAAAACAUACGUCAGCGACGUACGUUCACUGGGGUAUGAGAACAUGUCCCAAUGUCACAGGCACUACACAGGUGUAUACAGGACAGGCAGCCGGUGGACAUUAUACCCACCCUGGCUCUGGUGAAUACAUUUGCCUGCCAAGCGACCCAGAGUAUGACCAAUACAAUGAUGUGUCCGAUCCGACAAGAUCUUUGAUGUAUGGCGCUGAGUACGAAACACAAUCAAAUCCUGCAUUCAGCAAUCUCCACCAGAACGACGUUCCGUGCGCUGUCUGUCUUGCUAGAGGGAAAACAACUCUGAUGAUUCCAGGACGUACAACGUGCUACAGCGGCUGGUCGAAGGAGUACCAGGGAUACCUGAUGGGGGAGCUUCAUUCACAUCACGGCAAAGGGUAUGUCUGCAUGGACAAAUAUGCCGAGCCAUUGCACUCAAGCGUUGCAGACCUAAAUGGAGCCUUGUUUUACAUGGUUGAAGGUCGAUGCGGCACUCUGCAAUGCUCUCCGUACGUAGAAGGAAGAGAAAUUGCGUGCGUCGUCUGUUCCUUCCGUUCAUAAACGUUAUAACGUAAAAGCUUAUUGGUUUGUUAAAUUCGUUAAUGAGUCAAAGAUUAACAUUUUUUUAUAAUUAUCUAUUUAAAAGUCUUACGUUAUUAUAAAAUAUGUAGUCACAUAUACACGUUUAAUUAUUAGUCAUUUUAGUUGUUUACAUCUGCUAUACUAUUUUUAGAACAAUUUCAACUUAAAAAAAAUAAAAACAAGCGACACUUAGGUAAAAUAAAUAUGCAUGUCUUUAUGGGGCUGCGAUUUUAUUAUGCUAAAAUGUACUUUGCAUAUUAUAUGUAAAUAUUAUACAGAUAUAUGGAUGUCUAUAUAUAAUUCCCCAUCUUUAUGUUGUGCUUAAGUCGCCAGGACACACAUAUGAAGGGUGUAUUUUGUGCUACAUAUACUGAACACGCUUUGUUUUCAUCUUCAAACGUAAUAAAUGAUUACAAACCCAAAAUAACAGAAUUUCAUUUUUUUUAUUUGUAAUCACUUAU